AUGGGGAUCAAAGCCGCGCUUCCCAAAUAUGAACUGUACUUUUACAACACAGUGCUGAGUGUGGCCCUGCUCUGGGCCAGCAGCUGGAUCUUUGACGUGUCCAGUGCAAAUACCAAUAGGAAAACAUUCAAAAGCAACAUUAAGCCCGGAUGGCACUACUUUGGGAGGAAAAUGGACACGGCUGACUUUGAGUGGGUGAUGUGGUUUUCUACGUUCAGGGCUCACAUCUUGUUCGCUCUUUCUGGACACAUACUCUUCGCCAAGCUCUGCACCAUGCUGGCUCCGCAGUACAGGUCCCUGGUGUUCCUGGUCUAUGGAGUCCUGGCCGUUUGGACCAGUAUGGGCUGGACCUAUGUGACCCUGAUGCUGUCCCACUGCAUCCUGCUCUACAGCAUCUCUCUGGUGAAGAUCCGUUGGCUCUGCCUCGUCACCGGUCUCUGCACUCUGGCCUCAUUCAAGUGUGAGCCCUUUGUGUCCUGGCAGGCAGGUUUUGUGGAGGGCGACUUUGUGCUGAGAAAUGUUCUCUUCUACGGAGGCUGCGGCUUCACCAUCAUGCGCUGCAUCAGCUUUGCACUGGAGAACUGUGAGAAAAAAGACGGAAACUAUAACAUCCUGGAGCUGCUGAAAUACAACUUCUACCUCCCAUUUUUCUACUUCGGGCCCAUCAUGACCUUUGACCAGUUCCAUGCCCAGGUCAACAGGAGUGACAUGAGCCGAAAGGAGAGAGAGAUGUGGAACAUUAGUCUUCAUGGGCUCUUAAAUGUGGCCAUCAUACUUGUGGUGGACAUCCUCUUUCACUUUUUGUAUAUCCUGACCAUACCCACAGACCUGAAGCUCCUGAAGCACCUCUCAGACUGGGCUCUACUGGGGCUGGCCUACGUGAACCUUGUGUAUGACUGGGUCAAAGCAGCUGUCAUGUUUGGAGUCAUCAGUACAGUUGCUAGACUGGAUUACCUGGACCCACCCAAGCCCCCAAAAUGCAUCACUCUGCUUUAUAUGUUUUCUGAAACUCACUUUGACAGAGGAAUCAAUGACUGGCUUUGCAAAUAUGUGUAUAACCCUCUGGGAGGAAGCCAUGACACCGUGCUGCAGGAGCUGAUGGCCUCGCUGUGCACUUAUGGAGUCACCAUCCUCUGGCUUGGGCCCUGCAAAGUCGUCCUCAUCUGGGCUUUCUUCAAUUGUUUUGGCCUUAACUUUGAGCUGUGGGCUGCCAAGAUUUUCUCAAUGGAGCCUUUUUUGUCCUUUGAGACCGCGAUGUCAGCAGCAGGAUCCAGAAGAUUAAGAGCAGCCUUUAAUGCGUUUAACUUUUGGUUAAUUGUGUUGUUUAAUAUUCUGGCCUUGAACAGUCUGGACUUUGCUAAGAUGGUGGCUAAAAGAUUGCUUCUUAAAGGUUUCCCUAUUACCACUGUCAUGGUUCUGUUUGUGACGUACUGCCUGGUGCAGGUGAUAAAGGAGAGGGAGAGGAGGCAAGCGCUGGCUGAUGAUCCGGACCCUGAGCCUCCUGCAGACGCUGCUGAGACCCCCCCUGAGCCGGACAAAGAGAAGGCUGAAUGA